GUAGGCAAGAACCAAAAUAAAAUUUUCGACUUAAGAAUUAUUUUUAAACUCUAAUUGAAUGAAUCAUUUAGGUAAAAGGUCUUGACAACUUCGCUUCAAGAAAAACUUUCUAUCAGCUCGGAGCUCCGCAUAGCAGCAAUACGCUUUCAGACCAGUCUUCGAUUGUUCUGAUAGCGACUAUAUUCAAACCGACUGGCGCAACCUGACCCAUUUAUAGACUUUGAACCGAUAGAAGAUGAUAUGACCUCAAUAUCCAGGAACCAAGAGGCGCUCCACUAGUGCAAAAGCCUGGAAGCGGAUUGUUCCUUACACCUGAGGAGUUUUACAAACGCCUUGAUGACAUGAACGUGUUAAUUGUAGACGUUCGACAAACUAACGAAUACGAUUAAACUAGAAUCAAGAAAAAAAUGCAGGAGGAAUGAUUAAUAUUCCACCCGAACUCAUUCAACCAGGCCUUUUCGCAAAUACGCUAGGGCUUAAAUUGCCACCAGUGACCUGUGUAAUCUGGGAUAAGCGAGAUAGCUUCGACUGCAUUGUCAUUUUGGAUUAUGACACAACAAAGUUUACCUAUGGAUUAGUCGAAAUUACACUGACUACGCAUAUUCAUAACUGAGUGGGACUGCAACAGAAGCUACCGGGAGCUCCCAUUUAUCCUAGAUGGCGGUUUAAAAGAGUUCGUUCAAUGUUAUCCUUCAGAAGUAGAGAAUUCUGGUUGUUUGUUCGCUAAGCAAAGCUCGGAGAUCGACGAUUUGUUGGAUAUAGACUCAGUGGAAUAUCCUGGUUCAGCCUCAGGAGGACUUCAUAGAAACCUCAUGGUUGAUUCGGCAUAUUCUAUGGGCAACAUAGCAAAACCUGUAGAGAGGGACUUCUCCGCAGAAGAUGAAGACCAUGAAGUAGCGCUUAAAUUGCGUAAUAUACGUUCAGAAGGGGCAUUGCCGAAAAAUUCGUACUUUGCCAAGGAGCCAGGUGUAUCUAGUGGCACUUACACGAGCAUUUCCGAGCAUCGAUUUCCAAUGGAAUACAACAAAGGAAACAUUAACCCUGCAGCUUCGACGGACUUCAUGAAGCCGCAAGAUAUGUCGGUUGAGGAACGCGAGGCAAUCCGAAAGCUCAUGGAAGGUGACAGAGAAUUGCUGUUGCUAAAAGCCCGCGCAUCAAAACCAACUUAUCUUCCAGAGCAAUGGAAUGAGGGUAACCAAGACUACUCAAGGUCACCUGAUAGACGGAGAGAUAAUUCUCCAGAGCCGAUGGACAAUGCUGUGCCAACUUAUGUCUCUCCACCUCCUUCCUUUGACAGGAGUUUUAAACCUGCUAAAGUCAAAGAACCAGAAAAAGACGUGAAGGGGCGAGGCUUCACGGGAAUCCGAAAUUACAAGAAUUGCUGUUUUAAGAGCGCGAUCUUACAAUGUAUGAAAACCUUGCCGUUCAUAAAAGAGUACUUUGUGAAUACAAACAGGUACUUAACCCUGAAUCGAAGAGUACCUCCGGUAUUCAAUAUAUUGAUGGGCGAGGUAAGAUUUUCCUAGGCAAAACCUAAAUACCAAAGUGCUGCAAUUGUUAUAGCAAGGUUCAACAGAAUUUUGAACUAAUUAAAAUCGAUAGAACCUUAAAAAGUUCUCUGUCAUUUCGAUAAGAGAUAGCUGACUUCUCG